CGCAGCUUGAGGCCAACAGUUCGAGUACGCGAUACGCGCGCAUGCGAUUUUCACCGCCCAACAGGCCCACCACCUCCCGCCUCCCAGAACGAGAGCGAGCGAGAAGCAGAUAGAGAAAACUACGCUCGCUGCUUGCCAAACUAAAAAUUCGUGGGUGCUGAAACGAAACCGAAAAUCGACAACUAAAACGCACGAGAUUCACGAAAUCCAUGAUAAUACGAGUAUUUAACCAUAAAGCGGUGCGUGCAUAUGUGUGUUGGUGUUGUGCGUGUGUUAAAGAAUACUAAAAAAUCGACAAGUGCAGAAUGAAAAUCAAAAACAAAACAACAAGACGGGCAACAAGUUUUUUUGCGUAGAAUCCAACGACGAGCGAAAUUCCAAGUAAAUAAGCCAACCUGCUGUGUUUUUCGUUGUAUUUUGUUGUUGUACGAAUAUUGUUGCAACUCGUUUCGGUUGUUGUUUUCACAAUUUGUGUUUUUGUUGUUGUCAAAGCCACACAAAGCGGGUCAAAUGCAUAAAUAAAUGAAUGAAACGAAAUGAAUCGAGCCAAGCCGAGAUGAAAUGCGAAAUGUUGUUAUUAUCAUUUGGUCUGAAGCGAAAUUAAUUACAGCGUGCAUUGUCAUUGUAGAAAUAAACGUAAAUAUAUCGCAAUCAGUGAAGUUUAUGUAAAGUGGCGGGUAUCUUCUGCCUUUUCUUAUUUCGGGCAGUAUUGCCAUCCCGCUUCUACCAACUGCUGGAGCUGCCGAAAAAGCUCUAUAAACAAAUGAGUUCAACUGCUAGAUGCGUUUGCACCUGAGCACGGAUCGCCUCCACCAAUGGCAGCUAAACAACAGGCAGGCGUACGAUUUCCCAAAGCAGCAGCACAGAUAAGUCGACAGCACGACUUGAAUUAUUGCACGCAACAGCAGCAACAUCAACGGCAGCAACACCAACAGCAGCAACAUCAACGGGCAGAGAAAGGGGAGAGGUUGCAGCCAAAGUAACCGAACAGAAGACGCAGCUUCAUUCUACAAAACAAUUGUGGAAAAGUGGAAAACUCGCGCGUGUGUUUGUGUGUGUGUGUGUAUGUGCAUACUGUGUGUGUUUGCGAAAAACGAACAAUAGAAAACCAGAUAGAAAAUCAGCAGAGAAAACAAUCAGCCAAAGCAACCAGCAGAGCCAGAGCCAGAGCAGCAACUAUAAUUUGAGUACUUUUGUUUACUUUUUUAUUCGGUAUAUGCUUCGGUUACGAUGUCGUUGAUGAAAAUCCAUCGAGGCAAUGAAUCAUUUUGCUGUUGCUGGUUGCUGUUGAUGGUAUUGUUGUUGGCUGAAGCGGCAGUGGCAGCAGCGGCAACACUGAGUGAAACGCAGACGAAUGCAACUAAUGGUGCAAUUAGAGAGCCGCCUGUGCAACAGCAGCAGCAACAGCAGCAGCAGCAGAAACAGAGACUCCAACUGAAUGCCACCGCCGGCGACGGCGAAAGCCGAAAUUCAGCGGAAAUUUUCAGCCCCAGCGACGUGGAUGCGGUUGGUGAUAAACCUACCACUUACAGGCCCUCGGGUGCCAAUCGACCCUCUAUUGCACCACUCAAUUCAGCUCAGGACCGCGAGAGGAAGCUGAUGAAUGUGCUGGCAGCCCGGAGAACGGCUCUGCAUCGAGGUGGUUUCCGCACCAGAAUAGGCACCACCGGAAGGAGUGCCAUUUCCCCGUCCGCAGCGGUGGAGAGUACCUCCAAAGCACCCAGUGAUCCGAGAUCUGUGUGCAUCCGGAAUUGCACCAAGAACUUUACCCGCCGAACCACCGCCAGUUGCAUGCGACAAUGUGCCAAUUUCACUCGCAUGGCAAUGGCCUCGAAUGGCAACAGUUCGGUGGUGCUGAAGAGUGGUGCUGGUUCUGCAAAGACCGCUACUUCUGCCGGCGAUCGGGACACCAACGAGAUCCUCUUUAGCGAUGAGUCCUCCCAUGGCCUUUUUGUGGUGGCCAAAGAGCAGAAUGCCACUGUGAAUCACAUUGCCGAUGGCACAAAGCCACCGGUGAUGGGCAAGGUGAUCUCCAGCAAAACCAAUUCGAUGGAAGAGGAUGCGGAGGAGGAGGAAGAUGAGCUUAAGCCAUAUGUGUACUUUGGAGCCAAGUUGCCACCCAUUCGACCGGGUGGUUUGACCAUUAAGCCAGCCGAAGGGGAUGAUGAACAUCCGCGGGUUUUGGAGGUUUCAGUGGCCCAGAGCAGCACCACCAGCACCACUUUGACCACCUCUAGCACCACUCCUGCGCCAGUUAGCACCUCCAGACCCACUGUAUCCACGCGACGACCUUUGACUCCAGUGGAAAGAAGUCGCAGCAAGUACAAGUACCACAUGAGGGAAAGGGGAUUUGCUGCGGCAGCUGCACCACCUGCAGCAGCACCACCUCCUGCCCCACCAGUGAGUCGUACGAGGUAUGUGGGUUCGGGAAGACCCACUGCUGGACUAACAGAUCCACUCCCGGAACUGAAACAACCCGAAUCGGAAGUGGCCAAGCCAGUGGUGCGCAGGCAAAAAGUAUCGCCCUCAUCUUCAACACCACUGAUCAUCACCGUACUAAGUGCAGAGGAGGAAACCACAGUGGGGCAGACGGAAGAGACCACCACAACGACAACCACAACAGAGAAACCACCCACAACAACAAGUACUAGUACAAGUACUAGUACAAGUACAAGCACAAGUACAAGUACAAGCACAAGUACAACAACACCCAUCACCACAAAAAGAACAACAACUACACCAGCAAGUACUACAACCACAACUAGUACUACAACUACAACUAGUAGUACCACCCCUAGCAGCACCACUACAACUACGACAUCAACCACUGCCAUUCCCACCACAACAAAAACCAAUUCCAUCAUAGAAAAGGAUAAGGAACUUAUAAGAGCCUUGGGACCUGCUUUAACCCAGGAGAUAAACAUCGAGGAUGCCAAUAACUUGAUUAUAUUCUGCAAUAAUACCUCCGAUUGUGGUGUUACUCCACGCACGCACAGUCAACAAUCGCAUACCACCGAUUCCAGUCCCAAGAUACUGCGCACCACUGUGCUGACAUCGAUAAGAUCCACUGUGCAUCCGCGACCCACCAGUACCAGUACGAGCACCACAACCCCUGCAUCACCACCAUCGAUAGUACCAUCAGUACCAACUGGUGAGGUCUAUAUCGGCAUUGUGGAGUCGUCUUCGUCGGUUCCCCCACUGGACAUAAGCUCCACGGUGAUAGCCAACGAAAGGGAUGUGAAUCUGGAGAUGAGGCGCAUGAAUCUGGUCACCCUGGUUCUGGUGGCUGUGGGUGUAGUUCCCCUAGCUGCCAUUAUCCUCUACCUAGUGCGCAAUUAUGUUGUGCGGAGACGGGCCAAACAGGGUGAAGUCUUCGACGUUUGCAUCACAGAUCAGCAGCCCAUUAGUCCAGUGAAGAAGGUGGACUCUAAGUACCAGGUGGAUGACGACGAGGAUGAGGUGGAUCACCCGCAUCACCAGCACACGCAGCACCACCAUCAGCACAGUCAGCACCACCAGGCCAUGCCAAUGUCACAGGCAGCGCAGCGGGAUGCCAACCACAAUAGGUAUGGCAACAACAACCAUGAUGACAAGACAUCGCUGGCCAGCGAAUUCCAGGAGUUCGAGCGGAGCAACAUCCGGCUGAAGAGUCUCCUGGGCGAGGGAAACUUCGGUCAGGUGUGGAAGGCGGAGGCGGACGAUCUGAGCGGUCACUUCGGAGCCACCAGAAUUGUGGCCGUCAAGACAAUCAGAGCCUGUAGUGCCCAGGUGAGCCUCAAGGACGAGGCCAACAUUAUGCGGAAACUGGGUUCGCAUCAGAAUGUGGUCACCCUACUAGGAGCCUGUGUGGAAAGUGAACCGCACAUGCUGAUAAUGGAGUAUGCCAUGAGGGGACGACUUCUGUCCCUUCUGAGGGCAGCCAGAAGUGCCACAAACAUAUUGCCAGCCUCAGUGCCAGGUGGUCGAAGUCUGGCCCCCUUAUCGCCCCGCACCUUGGCAGGAUUUGCCCUGGACAUAGCCUGCGGAAUGGAGUACAUAGCGGGCAGAAGGGUUGUCCAUCGAGAUCUGGCUGCGCGCAAUGUGCUCCUUGAUCACAAUGGCAUGUGCAAGAUCUGUGACUUUGGCAUGUCCAUCGAUUUGGAUGCAGAGCGUUUGCGGAAGGAGCAGGAGAAGAAUGCGGCUAAUGAUUUGCUCCGCCACAAUGCGCACAAAUUCAAGUUCGACUUUGGCAGCAGAUACAUUCUGCAGCACUGGCAGCACACUUUUGGCCAGGGUCAGGGCCAGGGUCACUGCUCCAAGGAUCAUCCGCACGGGGAGAAGAAGUCGCAUCAUGGUCACGACACCAUUGGCAAGCGACACGCCCUGCCCAUUCGAUGGAUGGCCCCGGAGAGUCUGCAGUACCACAUGUUCACCACCGAAACGGACAUUUGGGCCUUUGGCAUUGUCCUGUGGGAGAUUGCCACUUUGGGCUCCACGCCGUACUCUCAGCUGACGGGUCGCGAGGUCAUCCGCCGGGUGCCGCAGGGUUUGAGGCCGGAUCUGCCCAAGGAGAGCCGGCACGAGUUCUACAACCUGAUGUCCCGCUGCUGGCACAAGGAGCCACACAUGCGACCCUCGUUCGCCCAGUCGAGGCUGGAGAUCACAAGGUCGCUGCACAAGUGGGUGGACGACGACUCGGCGGCCUCCGACUACAUGGACGUGAGCGGGUUCAGCGAGGAUCUCGAGCACGGGGUGGUCUACUUCAACCACCGGAUCUCGGAGUUCGAGUGCGAGAUAUGACGCUGACUGAACCACCCUUAGUCCACCCAUCCCCAACCACUCCAUCCAACCACAACUCAUCCACCGCCCACACAUCUCUUUAAAUACCUGUAACUCUUUCGAAAUUCAAUUCCCCCUUUUGACGUGCUUGUCGCGCAGUAUUAUUUGUAUUUUAUUGUUAAUUUUCCAUUUCGAACCCCCAGAGAGUUUCAUUCAUUGUAAAUAUUUAUUUGUUGAGGCAACAAAAAACGAAAAUGCUUAUGUUUUACGAUCUAGACCUUACGAUUAAUGAAUAUGGCGCUACCUAUGCCUAGUUUAAUAUUCGUCACUUAGUUCUUCUAGUCUGUAUCUGAAAUCCCAUCUUCGAGUUGAGCUAUUUCCCCUGGACGUAGCCAAAAUUUGACUGCACAAAAGGACACUUUGUAACCCCAUUCAGUUGUGAAAAACGAUUUGUUGAUAUAGGCGUGCAGCGCAUAGGAUCUAUGUAAUUGUAUUGAUAUCUAGCUAUAGAAUUGUACAAAUAAAUUAAUUAAACACGAAAUAUAAUUAUGAUUAUUACACCA